UCCAAGUACUCCAGAAAGUCAAAGCGGGUGCGCACCGGCUGCCUCACCUGCAGAGACCGCCAUCUCAAAUGCGACGAAUCGACACCGUCCUGCCAAAACUGUCAACGGGGAAGACGAACAUGUUUACGCGGAAUCAGACUCAAUUUUACAAAUACUACCAUUCACGAUUCGUCUAAUUUUAUUCCAGUUGUUUUCCACAAUAUUACAAUCAGAGACGAGUCUCGCCAAAUCGCCUCGGAGUAUCAAAACGGGUUAACCGGAUAUGCAGACGCUGAUAGUAGCCGGUAUAUAGAGUGCGGCGCGAUGGCCAGGACGCAAACACCAAUUUCAGAUCAUGGAUCGUCCAGCUCUAUCCUUCAGGGACAUGUCUGGCACAUCUACAUAUCACCCGAGAGCUCGAAUAAGGCGAGGAGCAUAUACAGCGAUAGCUUAAUUCUCCAAGCUACCGAGUGGCGCAAAGGAGCUACAGUCGACUCAGGGCCAAUGAGCCUGUCUGAAGUUGAAGACCGAUCAAAUAUCAGUGUAAGCAUCGAAGACGACAGUGCUACUAAUGCAGAUGCUACGGGUUCUUCUGCUUUCGAGCGGGAGUUCCUCAACUCUCCCGAGCACGUUGAGUAUAUGCAAAUUUACGUUCACGAGAUUGCUAUAUGGAUGGAUUCAUUCAACAAAGGCAAGCAUUUUGGAGAGUGCCUGCCAUACCGAGCGCUGGAUUCUCCCCUGUUGCUUCAUUCCCUGCUGGCCUGUGGAGUUAGACGUCUAUCAAAUCGCCAGCCAGAUCUGAGUAGCAUAGCUACAGUAUAUUACAGCACGGCGAAUAUGCAGCUAUUCCGCUAUCGCGAGAAUCCAGAGCGUAACAUCGAAGAAUGUUCUGUUGCAGCAACUAUUUUAAAACUCUAUAACAUCAUGUUUAGAGAGAAGCCGGAGACCGGCGGCCACAGUCUUGCGGUGCUCAACUCUAUCAUUGGCGAAAGCCAGUGGACUGCGGAGAGCGACGGCGUUGGAUCGGCAUGUUUCUGGCUAAACGCCUACUUGGACGUUAUGGGGAGCCUAGAAACGGGCUGUGAUUUGUCUUUUAGCGGAUGGAAUAUCGAGCUAGGCUUUCCCAGCGACGGAAACGAAGUCAUGGCUCAAGGAGACGAGGAGCUAUGGGCGCAGAAAAUGCUAUUUAUACUGGCCAAGGUGGCAAGCUACAGACGGCAUGUGCUGUCAUUUACAGAGAAGGAUCAGAGGGAAAACAGAACUCUGGAGAAUUAUAUACCGGAAUGGAAGCAACUGAAGCAGCUCUGUGUUGAGUGGAGCGACGCGUGUCCGAGGAACUUGCGCCCAUUGGGAUAUAUGCAGCCCAAUCAAAUGGAGAGCGAUACCGUGUUUCCGAAGGCAUGGGCACCCAAACAAGAAGCUAUAUUCUGUCGUCUUUUAUAUCACACUGCACAAAGCAUACUGACUCAGACACAUCCCAUGGAGCAAACAAUGGUAUCGGACGAAAUAAGCUGGCUUCAACUACACCAUGCCCGUGAAGUAUGUGGGAUUGUCGCGCAUACAGACGACAAGUACCUCGGGCCGAUGUACACACAGGCAUUCUUGCUUGCGUCAGUCGUUUUAACGGAUCACAAAGAGCAGAUGGAAGUCUUUGAGAUUUUACAGAGGAUGCAGAGUCAG